AUGUCCCACCCGCCCGAUAUCGCGCACACCCUGACGCCCGUGGUGUCGUCGGGCGUUUCGAGCGCCGCCGGCGCGUCCGACGACGACUACGUGUACACGGGCGACCAGGACCCGUCCACGGUGCACUACUCGUACACCGAGGACAAGAUGCUGAGGGACCAGGACGCCAAGGUGAAGGCGUUCCACUCGAUCGCGACGUCUCCGAAAAACUCGCGCUCGUCGUCCGUGCACUCUGCGCGGCCGGCGGGGUUUGAGCACGCGUCGCCGAUGGCGGGCAACAAGUUUGCGUACAACCCGAUCACGCACGAGAUGAGUCCGAUGGGGUCGUCUGACCGCGAGCUGUUCCGGGCGAAGGCGCGGAUGGGCAGUUUGCUGCUGAACGACCACAACUCGGUGACCGAGACGCCGUCCAGGGAGCUGAUCGAGAUCUACAAGAACAUCGAGCGGUGCAUCCAGAUCCGCGAAAAGUACCAGAGGCUGUCUGUGCAGCGGCCGCAGGACAACCCGAAAAACAGGGCCGAGUGGCGCAUCUACCCGAACCCACCGCCGCCGUUCUGGAAGAAGGGCGACGAGUACAGCAUCGAGCGGAACCCGGACCAGGGCGACCAGCUGGCAGAGAAUUUCGACAUUGCCAAGGUGGACAUUCCGGGCCCAGAUCCGGCGCUGGACUACGUGCUGGACGACGAGGACGUUUUCCAGGUGGUGGAGAAAAGCAGCGGGAGCAAGAUCGUGCAGAUCCCGACGAUGCGCGACUACUACAUCGACCUCGAGCAGAUCACGGCGAUCGCGUCGGACGGGCCAACCAAGUCGUUUGCGUUCAAGCGGCUGGAGUACCUGGAAGCCAAGUGGAAUUUGUAUUAUCUGCUAAAUGAGCACGACGAGACGUCCGAGAGCAAGCGGAACCCGCACAGAGACUUCUACAACGUGCGGAAGGUGGACACACACGUGCACCACUCGGCCUGCAUGAACCAGAAGCACCUGCUGCGGUUCAUCAAGUACAAGAUGCGCAAGUGUCCGGACGAAAAGGUCAUCAUCAGAGACGGCCAGGUGCUGACUCUGCGCCAGGUGUUUGAGUCGCUGAACCUGACGGCGUACGACCUGAGUAUAGACACGCUGGACAUGCACGCGCACAGAGACACUUUCCACCGGUUCGACAAGUUCAACCUCAAGUACAACCCGAUCGGCGAGUCGCGGCUGAGAGAGAUCUUUCUCAAGACCGACAACUUUAUCAAGGGCCGGUAUCUGGCCGAGCUGACCCGAGAAGUGUUUGACGAUCUCGAGAGCUCCAAGUACCAGAUGGCGGAGUACCGGAUCUCGAUCUACGGCCGGUCGGCAGACGAGUGGGACAAGCUGGCCGCGUGGGUGGUGGACCACAAGCUGUUCUCGCACAACGUGCGGUGGCUGAUCCAGAUCCCGCGGCUGUACGACGUGUACAAGAAGGGCGGCAUCGUGGACAACUACCAGGACCUGGUGCUCAACGUGUUCAGGCCGCUGUUUGAGGUGACCAAGGACCCCUCGUCGCACCCGAAGCUGUUUGUGUUUCUGCAACGCGUGAUUGGUUUCGACUCUGUCGACGACGAAAGCAAGGCCGACAAGAGGUUCCACCGCAAGUUCCCGUACCCACGCAACUGGGACUCGGCAAACAACCCGCCGUACUCGUAUUACAUCUAUUCGCUGUACGCGAACAUCGCGUCGCUGAACCAGUGGAGAGUGCGCCGCGGGUUCAACACGUUUGUGCUGCGGCCGCACUCUGGCGAGGCGGGCGACCCGGAGCACCUGAUAGCGGCGUAUUUGGCCGCCGAGGGCAUCUCGCACGGCAUCCUGCUGCGCAAACUGCCGUACAUCCAGUACCUGUACUAUCUGUGCCAGAUCGGCGUGGCGAUGUCGCCGCUGUCCAACAACGCGCUGUUCCUGACGUACGACAAAAACCCGUUCCCGAGCUACUUCCGCCGCGGCCUCAACGUGUCGCUGUCGACGGACGACCCGCUGCAGUUCUCGUACACCAGAGAGCCGCUGAUCGAGGAGUACUCUGUCGCCGCGCAGAUCUAUAAACUGUCGAACGUGGACAUGUCAGAGCUCGCGCGAAACUCGGUGUUCAUGAGCGGGUUCGAGUACCAGCUGAAACGCCACUGGCUCGGCGCAAACUUCGACCAGCCGGGCAGAGAGGGCAACGACAUCGAGAAGACCAACGUGCCGGACAUUCGCGUGGAGUACCGCCACGAGACGCUUUCCAUCGAGAAAGACCUGAUAAAGGCGUAUGCAAACAUGGCCUAG